AUGUUUGCGGAUCUCAUGAUGCAGUCUGGGCUUGAUAGCAUUGAAGAAACAAUACGACGCAUGUUUCGAAUGGUCCUUCGAUUGCCUCGUAGCCACCCGAUGAGACUAAUCACCCUCGCCGGGCUUGCGCACGCUCACGUUGACCGUUUUGAACUUUUGAGUGAACUGGAGGACCUGGACAAAGCAAUUGAAUACAUGACCAUCGGGCUCAUUUUUGCUCCCGGCGCCAUUUCCGAAUUCCCAAUGCUGCUAUCUGAAUUGGGUGUGUUUCACGCCAUGCGAUUUCAACACUGCAAUAAUAUUUGUGAUUGCGAUCAAGCAAUCGAGUACAGUGUUCUCGCACUCUCCAUUACUACCAAUAAUCAACAAAUUUUAUUGCAACUUUCAAAUAUAGCAUCAUUCCACAACGAACGAUUCGAACGCAUAGGGGAUCUUAAGGAUGUCCGGAAAGCAAUGGCAUACAUGUCUCGCGCAGUUGCUAUAACUCCCCCGGGCGAUCCGCAAUUGCUGUUCCAAUUCGAUGCUAUAGGGCAGGCGCGCUAUCACUUAUUUAAGCGUUUGGGUGAUCUAGACGACCUUAAUGAAGCGAUCGAAUACGAGUCCUACGCCGUCCAGUUGACACCCGAUAAUGACCCAUACUUGGUAGGGAGGCUCGCGCAUAUGGAGAUGUUUCUCGGCGCCCGAUUUGAGCGUCUCGGGGAAAGGGACGAUAUCGAGAAGGCAAUUGAGUGUGCAUCUCGUGCAGUCGAAUUAACUCCAGACGGGCACCCGCAUUUAUCAAGCCGACUUUUAAAUUUGGGCGAGUCAUACCGGAAUCGAUUCAAACUUACAGGCGAGCUGAAUGAUAUUGAAAUGUCGAUCGAAUACGACUCUCGUGCAGUUGCCUUGGAUCCAGAAGGUCAUCCGUUCUUAUCGAAUCGACUUUCUACCCUGGGAGCGUCUUAUCUUGAGCGAUUCGGGCGCCUGGGUGACAUCGAGGACAUCGAAAAGGCGAUUUAUCAUGGCUUUCGUGCACUCAACUUGGCCCAAGAUGGCGACCCGAAUUUGCCAGAAGUACAUGCCAACUUAGCGAUGUUUUAUAGCACACGAUAUGACUAUUUAGGCGAGCGAGAUGAUCUCAAGAACUCGAUCGAGCACCAAUCACGCGCAGUCGAACUGACGCCUGAUGAUCAUCCACACCUUGUCAAUCAACUCGCUCUUCUAGGGCUGUCCUAUAAGUACCAGUUUGAACGGUCAGAGAAGCUUGACGACAUUGAUAAGGCAAUCGAGUACAAUUUGCGCGCUGUGUCUUUGACUCCGGAGGACCACCCAAACCUGUUAGUCUGGCUUGGUAACUUAGGGCCUCUUUACGGUACUCGUUUCGAGCAUUUCGGAGACCACGAAGACAUAGAUAAGUCGAUCGAGUGUCAACAUCGUGCACUCGAUUUGAUUCCCAAGGGGCACCCCGAAAUAUCGCUCUGGUUCGCCAAUAUGGGAUCGACCUACAGAAUUCGGUUCGAACACCUGGGGGAACAUGGGGAUAUCGAGAGGGCAGCAUACCUCGAGUCUCUUUCACUCACGCUGACUCCCGAUGGACACCCAGCUUUACCCCACCGGCACUUCGGCUAUGCUAACACUUGUUUGUUUCUAUUCUUCAACACAGACAAUGCGUUUCAUCUACAAGCCUCUCUCGAUUCUUUUCGGAUGGCUGCUUACUCACUAUUCGGGGCACCUCGUGAAAGGUUCGAUUACGCAUUCCGGUGGGCGAAACAUGCUUCAACACUCGGCGUAUUCGACAGUGUCGAGGCUUACCAAGCCGCGGUUGACCUUCUACCGCAAUUUAUCUGGUUGGGUGCCACUGUGAAUCAGCGCUAUGAAGAUCUGUCAAAAGCAGAGGGUUUAGCCGUAGAAGCAGCUUCUGCUGCCAUUCAGUCCUCAGACUAUGCACUAGCUUUGGAAUGGUUAGAACACACCCGAUGCGUGGUCUGGAACCAAAUCCUUAUGCUUCGUUCACCUCUUGAUAAACUUUCGUCCGUCGGUCCGGACUUAGCUACACGUCUUCAAAUCAUCGCCAAUCAGCUACAGAGCGCCAGCUCUGAGUCACGAGAGUCUCGGGCACACACUACCGGGUCAACGACCCCGGAGCAAGUGGCUCAAGAACAUCGCCGCAUGGCCAAAGAGUAUAACAAUCUGUUGUCGAGGGUGCGUGAGCUGCCUGGAUUACAGGACUUCCUUGGGCCGAUGAAGGCAGAGGAUCUCUUCCGGGCCGCUCGAUACGGCCCCGUUGUGGUGAUCAACUGCCAUACAGACCGCUGCGACGCACUUGCAAUUACCCCCGGGCAAAAUAGGGUUGAUCACAUUCCACUUCUCAACUUUACUGACGAAAAGGCCCGGCGUGCUCGCUCAGAGAUCGAAAAAUCACUUAGGAGUAGGAUGCCCCGAGAGAGAGGAUUCAAACGUCGUCCAGAGCCAGAACAGAAAGAUAAUUUUGGAAAUGUUCUAUCAGCUCUCUGGAACGAUGUUAUUAAACCAAUAAUAGAUCACUUGGGCUAUAUAGAAGAUCUCCCCGAUGGUUAUGGAUACUCUAAUUCUGAAGAAGGGCCCGAGGGCAAGGGAAUACACAAAACCUUGCCCCAUGUAACAUGGUGUCCGACUGGGGCGAUGACAUUCUUGCCAUUACAUGCAGCAGGAGAUUACAACCAACCGCGAUCGAGGGUGUUUGAUUAUGUCGUAUCAUCCUACACACCCACGCUUACUGCACUUCUCAGGCCCGAUCCAAGUGCUUCGGGCUCCGUGUGUCGAAUAAUCGCAAUUGGUCAAGAGGCUACGCCAGGCCAGAGUCCGUUGCCCGGAACUAUCAAAGAACUCGCAUACGUGAAAGCUCAUACGCAAGAUAAAGUCGAGUACUCACAGCUUGUAGACGACCAAGCAACCAAGACAUCUGUACUAGACGCAAUGGAAGAGCAUGACUGGGUUCACUUUGCAUGUCAUGCUCACCAGAAUGUACGGGACCCAACAAAGAGCGGUUUCUUCUUAUACGACGGUACGUUGGAUCUUGCCGCGAUCAAUCGAAGGUCAUUCAAGGACAAGGGCUUGGCCUUCCUUUCGGCGUGCCAAACUGCGACGGGUGACGAGGUGCUACCCGACGAAGCAAUACACCUUGCAUCGGGUAUGCUCAUGGCCGGAUAUCCGAGCGUUAUCGCAACGAUGUGGUCAGUUAUGGAUGACGAUGCCCCGUUUGUGGCAGAUAAGGUGUAUGGGAAACUUAUGAAAGGCAGGAAACUGAGAAACGGGGAGGCAGGGAAGGCGUUACAUUAUGCUAUUGGAGAACUACGUGAGAAAGUUGGAGAGAAGGAGUUUGGGCGUUGGGUGCCCUACAUUCAUGGAUGCCAUUUGUUCCCUCCUUUAGAGGCUGCAGUUCGAGGUAUGGUUGACAGUCUAGAGACCAUAGAGUGCACGGCAGAAGGUAACCUCGAUAUUCUUCAGUUACUGUCGGGGCUUCCUCAGUGGGCAAUAGUUCUCUCAUCCUACAUGUCCGAAUGCCAGCCAGAAAGAAUGUCCAAGUGGGUAAAUAACGUAAUCAGCGUUCUUCGCGAGGAGAUAGAUUAUAUAAAGAUAGCGCAACAGGGCAGUGGGUUUAGAAACCUAGCCAAAUCUGAGGAAGAGGUUGAUAAGCUACGACAAUGCUAUCGCCGUAUUGAGACUUCAUUUCUUCAGCUACAGACAGAUGCAAAUCUAAGCACAUGGAAAAUUGCGGAUGAUCACUUGAAGGCUUCACGACUCAACGAUAUGGUCCCCGCCCAUGACGCCCGCUAUGAUUCAUGCUUCUCUGACAAGGUUAACCGCCACGAAUGCUUAGGAAACACUCGGGUUGGAGUACUUCAUGGUAUACGGCAAUGGGUAAAUAGCCAAAGCGACACGAGGGUGUAUUGGAUGAAUGGUAUGGCCGGGACUGGUAAAACAGCGAUCGCAUAUAGUCUUUGUAAGGAGCUCGAAGGGAAUGGACAACUCGGUGCAAGUUUUUUCUGCCAUAGAGCUUCAGCGGAAUGUCAAGACGUCGGUCGUAUCCUGCCUACUAUUGCCCAUCAGCUUGCUCAAAAGUUUUACUCCUUUCGAUCAACGCUUUGUCGAAUCUUGGGCGAUAACCCGAAUAUUAGCCGACGGACGAUUUCCGUACAGUUUGAGUACCUUAUCAAAUUACCUCUACUCGAGGCCAGGAAUAUGCUUCCCAAUGACCUCAUAGUAGUCGUUGAUGGCCUCGACGAAUGCACUGAUUCUAGAACUAUGAAGGUUUUGUUGGAGUUAUUGGUGGAGCAGGCUGCGACACUACCCCUGAAAUUUUUCUUAACCAGCAGGCCAGAAGCUAUUAUCUCAGAAUCAUUCACUGCUUGCUACCGCCAAGCAACCAUGGUUUUACACCUGCACGAUAUCGAAGCGGAGUCCGUCACAGGCGAUAUUAGGACCUAUCUAUGCGUUGCUCUAGCCAAAGUCAACUUGUCUGGAGAACAAAUACAGAAGCUAACCGAAAGGGCAGGGGUAUUGUUUAUAUACGCGGUUACUUUAGCGAGAUACAUACUGGGUGGAGUUCCCGGGUCUAUCACUUCUUCGCGACUCUCAUCCGUGCUCGCGGGAGGGUCCGGGUCGGUAAACAAACAAAAUCAAGAUAUAUAUCGAUUGUAUAAAGCAAUUUUGGACCAAACUUUUGAAGAUGAAACGCUCGAGAGGGGCGAAAUCAACACUAUCAAGGACGUACUUUGGACAGUAGCGUGUGCUAUGGAACCAGUCGCCGAAAGUACAUUGGCCGUACUAUCGAAUGUGAACAGCGAACAGAUAUCGUCGGCUUUACGUCCCCUUCAAUCGGUACUGCACGUUUCAACAUCCAAAAGUGUUGUAUCGGCCCUUCAUUCGUCCUUCCUAGAAUUUCUUCAAUCUGACUUUGCUGGUCCGCUGCGCUGUGACUACGCGUCUCACAACAGGCUUUUAGCAACCCAAUGCUUUGCAAUCAUGGAGCGACAGCUUCGGUUUAACAUCUGUAGUCUUGAGGUGCCGUACAGAUUUGACAACGAUGUCCAAGGUUUUUCACGGCAUGCCCAAAAAUCAGUCCCACCCGAACUCUUUUAUGCAUGCCAAUAUUGGGCAUACCACCUCCAAUCUUCAAGAUCGUGUGAUCAGCUUGUCCUCCGCCUCGAUGAAUUUUUCAGGAAACAACUUAUGUUUUGGGUGGAGGCUUUAAACCUUAAAAGGUUCAUCAACAGAGGACCUAGAGCACUGAUCGAAGCCCUAAAAUGGCUGCAAAAAAACGAAAAUAGCCUCGAAAUCUUGGAAUUGCAGGACUUUAUUCGCGAUGCGUGCAGUUUUACGACCGCGUUUGCGGCCAACCCCGUCUGCCGGAGCACACCCCAUCUAUAUUUAUCAAUGCUUCCGCUGAUCCCAGUUCAAAAUCGUGUUCGAGCCAACUACCGAUCCCGUUCACCAGGUAUCUUAUGGUUGAAUGGAACUACAAUGAGUAGACGUGAAGGAGUUGCACUCGCGACUUGGGAAGCCAGCUGUGGUGUAACUGCUGUUGCAUACUCACCUGACUCUAUGCGCAUUGCCUACGGGUGUUGUGAUGGGAAAAUAUACAUCUGGAACACAUUUUAUGGAAUUCGAAGCAACAUUCAAUUUAACUGUCACGAUAAACAAGUUAACUCCUUGGCUUUCUCACCGGACGGUGCUCAUUUGAUUUCUAGCUCUCGAGAUCGCACUAUACGUAUGUGGGACACAAGAACAGGAGCUUCCCUCGAAUUCUGCAAGAGCCAUGCCCAAGAUAUUCCUUCUGUUGCAUUCUCGCCGGAUGGUACUCUAGUUGUGGCUGGGGGAGACGAUUGUACAGUUCAUAUGUGGGAUUCAAACAGUGGCGUUUUGAUCCAUGGCCCCCUCGAAAACCACACUAUGGGAGUUACAGUGAUAACAUUCUCCCCGGAUAGUACCAAAUUCGCCUCGGGCUCCUAUGAUCGCACCAUACGUGUAUGGUUAACGAAUGCCGAUGGCGCCACACUUAGGCCUACCCAUGCGUUCAAAGGGCAUACCGCUGGCGUUCUGGCUAUCGCAUUUUCUCCUGAUGGUGAUAGCCUCGUGUCGGGUUCUCUGGAUCGCACUAUUCGAAUCUGGAGCUCAGCGAAUGGCACUCUACUUUCUAACCCCUUCGAGGGACACACGGAUGCAGUCAGUGCUGUAGUAUUCUCUUGUGAUGGAACAAAGGUCAUCUCGGGCUCCUGGGAUUGCACCGUUCGUGUCUGGAACGCUAUCGACUCCACUCAAAUCUCAGGCCCAUUCAUAGGUCAUGCCCAAGGAGUGACGUGUUUAUCGAUAUGCCCGAAUGGUGGGAGCAUCGUUUCCGGGUCAUGGGACGGUAGUAUCCAUUUUUGGGACCCACACAGCAACCCUACAAGGAAUUUCGAUGACUACGGUCAUACUCAAGCAAUUACAUGCGUUCAGUUCUCUCCCGAUGGAAAUUCUAUCAUUUCAGCCUCUGAAGACUCUCUAGUUUGUAUAUGGGAUAUCGAAACCGGCGACCACCGUAUAAAGACCAACAAGGGACACAUAGGAAAAGUCAACUCGGUGACUUUCUCCCCCGACGGCAGGCAGUUUCUCACCGGAGGGGGCGAUUGCGUAGCUUGUCUCUGGGACUCUGAAACCGGUGCGAUGAUUGGGGCCCCGCUCGCCGGUCAUGAAAGCGGUGUUACCUCGGUGGCGUUUUCAUCUAACGGCAGUCGUAUUGCAACCAGUUCAUAUGAUAGCAUGGUUUUUAUCUGGGACACUCGCAGUGCCGAGGUCGUAAACUGCCUUAGGGGACACACGCAAAACGUAACCGCGGUUAUGUUCUCUCCAGAUGGAAGUCACAUCGUCUCUGGUUCUUGGGAUAAUACAGUUCGCUUAUGGGAUGUGAAUACUGGUGGCGAGAUAGCUCGAACUUCUACCGACAAUAGCGAAAUAGCCAACGGUCACAAUGACAUCGUAACCUGCGUAGUAUUUUCCCCCGACAGCACUCGCAUUGCUUCUGGCUCCUAUGAUGAGACAGUUCAGAUAUGGAACUGUAGUGCCAAUGGUCCGCUGCUUGGCAAACUCUUUCAAUGCCAUGCAAACGCUGUCGUAUCUGUCGUAUUCUCACCUGAUAGCACCCAAAUAGCUACCGGUUCUCGCGAUGGUACAAUUCGUAUCUGGGAUGCUCAAAGGGGUAUUUUGAUCUUUGAUCAAUUUACUGGGCAUACAGACGCUGUUAAUUCGAUUGCAUUUGCUCCUGAUGGCCGACGUAUUGUAUCGGGUUCAACCGACUGUACGAUUCGAAUCUGGGAAGUUCCGGACGAGUAUAACGAGCGAAGGGUCUGGGUUAUAAACAAUGAAGGAUGGUUAAUGGAUCCUGACCAGCGCCCGAUACUGUGGGUUCCAGGAGACAUACGCAGGGAGUUUCCUCGGCCUCCAAACACUCAUAUAUUCUCUUCGAGAGGCAGCAUAAUUAUAUCACCCUCAAAGGUCGACUUGGCGCUAGGUCAAAUCUGGUCUCAACCACCCGAUAUACGUCAAUAG